CAUAUUCCAGUCCAAUCCAUGACAAUCCAAUGAUUUUCCCGCGUUUUUGCGGUGUUUCCGGAUACCUUCCGGGUAACCAUUUGUAAGGUAUGGACUGCGCACAGAUAGAGUUCAUUGCAGAGCAGACAACUGUAUCUAUAAUACCCAACUUUCGACACGAUAGAUUGUAUCUAAUUUCUGGCGAUGUGGGCCCAUUUGAGCCUAAUAUGCCAGUAGAGGUGCCGCUGUGGAUCGCAGUGCAUCUCAAGCAGAGGCAAAAGUGUCAUAUCAUUCCACCUCCUUGGAUGAAUUCCAGCAGCCUCGAGGAAAAAAAGAGAGAAGAAGUCGAGUCUCCGUUCUUCACGAAGAUGCCAAGCGAUCAUUACCGUGAGGUCACUCAGAUUUUACUCGAUGUAGCCGCCGAUGACAUUCCUGAAGCUGACAGCGUCCAAACCCACGUGAAAGAUAUUUGGGACAUUCGCCUGUCGAAACUGAGGACCUCCAUUGACGCUUUUAUGAAGAACGACGAACUGUAUGCAAAGAUUGACCACCUCACGGUCAUGGAAAUAAACACCAUUAGGGGAUUCCUCACCACUGCUCUGGGUCACCUAGCUGAGUUGAGGGAGAGAAGAAGCGGCAUCAACGAGUCAAGAAGUCAGCUGCCUUAGUUCAAUGUUUAAAUGAUGUACAUAGUACAAGAUGUAAAUAGUCGUUAAAACUUGUUUAUUUUGGUGA